GCGGAAGUUCACUCAUAUCCCAUCUGCCUGUUCUUCCGCCAUUCGUCCAUCUGCGAUCUGUAAGGUGGUGGGAGCUGCAGGCGGACUCGGGAGGCCCAGGAACCAGAAAUGGACUCAGUGGCCUUUGAGGAUGUUAAUGUGGAGUUCACCAUGGAGGAGUGGGCUUUCCUGGAUCCCACCCAGAAGAAACUCUACACAGAUGUGAUGCUGGAAACCUUCUGGAACCUGGCAUCAGUAGCAUGUAUUUUAGAAGAACAAUGUGAUGACCAUGACAGUGAAGAUCAGUAUGAAAAUCAUUGGAUGCAUCUUAGCAGUCAUAUGGUAGAGAGACUCUGUACAAGGAAGGAUGGUAGUCAAUGCAGAGAAAACUUCAGCCAGAUUCCAAAUAAUAAUGAAAAGAAGGAAACUCCUGAAAUAAAACAACCUAAAUCCAGGUUGUGUAGGCAAAUCUUCAUACGUUAUUUAUCCUUGAAUAACCAACUGAGCUCUCACAUUGGACCCAAACUGUACCUGUGUCCGGAAUAUGAAGAAACACAUUAUAAAUAUAAGGAAGCUGAGAAAGCUUUCAAGCCUCACCAACAUAUUCAGAGUUGUGAAGGCAGCCACUGUGAGAAAACUUUUCACUAUUCAACUUCCCUUAGAAAUCAUGAAAGAACACAUAUUCCUGGGAUACCGUAUGUGUGUGAGCAAUAUGGAAAAGGCUUUAGUCGUCUCACUUACUUUAAACAUCACAAAAAUACUCAUAGUGGAGAGAAACCAUGUCAAAGUAAGCAAUGUGGCAAAGCUUUCAGUUCUCCCAAGUACUCUGGAGAAAAUGAAAGACACACUGCAGAAAAACCCUAUCAAUGUAAGAAAUCUGGAAAAGCUUUCAGUUCCACUUCUCUGAGAAAUCAGGAAAAAAUGCACUCUGGUGAGAAACCUUAUGAAUGUGGGAACAUCUUCAGUUGGCUCAGCUCUCUUGGAAAACAUAAAAGAAGUCAUGCCAGAAAGAAGCCUCAUGAAUGUAAGGAAUGUGGUAAAACAUUCCAUCACCUCUUUUUCCUUAGAAAUCAUGAAAGAACUCAUACUUGGGUAAAACGCUUUAAAUGUAAGCAUUGUGGUAAAGGUUUCUAUUAUCAAUAUUCUCUUCGAUAUCAUGAAAGAACUCAUACUGGGGAAACACCCUAUGAAUGUAAGCUAUGUGGUAAAGUUUUCUCUUAUUCAACUUCCCUCCAGUAUCAUAAAAGAACUCAUACGGAGGAAAAACCCUAUGAAUGUAAGCAAUGUGGGAAAGCCUUCAGUUCCGGGAGCUCUCUUGCUAAUCAUAAAAUAAGUCAUGAUGAAAAGAAGCCUCAUGAAUGUAAGAAAUGUGGUAAAACAUUCCAUCAUUACUAUUCCCUUAGAAAUCAUGAAAGUACUCAUUCUGGGAAGAAACCCUAUGAAUGUAAGGUUUGUGGUAAAGUUUUCUCCCUUUCAGCUUCCCUUCAAUAUCAUGAAAGAAUGCAUACUGGGGAAAAACCCUAUCAAUGUAAAGUAUGUGGGAAAGCCUUCAUUUUUCCCAGCUCUCUAGGAAAUCAUAAAAGAAGACAUGACGGAAAGAAGAAUCAUGAAUGUAAGGAAUGCGGCAAAACAUUCUAUUAUCAAUAUUACCUCCAACUUCAUGAAGGUAUUCAUACUGGUGUAAAACGUUAUGAAUGUAAGCCUUGUGGUAAAGCUUUCUGUUAUCCAUCUUCCCUGCGAAGUCAUGAAAGGACUCAUCAUAAGGAAGAACCCUAUAAAUGUAAGCAUUGUAGCAAAGCUUUCUCUUAUCCAUCUUCCCUCCAAUGUCAUGAAAGAACUCAUACUGGGGAAAGACCCUAUAAAUGUAAGCAUUGUGGCAAAGCUUUCUCUUAUCCCACUUACCUCCUAUAUCAUCAAAGAAUUCAUACUGGGGAAAAACCCUAUAAAUGUAAGCAUUGUGGCAAAGCUUUCUGUUUUCUAUCUGCCCUCCAAAAUCAUGAAAGAGCUCAUACUGGUGUAAAACGCUAUGAAUGUAAGCAGUGUGGUAAAGGUUACUAUUAUCAAUCUUCUCUCCAAAGUCACGUUAGAACUCAUACUGUUAGACCAUCCUAUGAAUGUAAGCUAUGUGGUAAAGUUUUGUCUUCUUCAACUUCCCUUCAAUAUCAUGAAAGAAUCCAUUCUGGGGAAAAACCCUAUCAAUGUAAGGAAUGUGGGAAAGCCUACAUUUCUCCCAGCUCUCUUGGAAAUCAUAAAAGAAGCCAUGAUGGAAAGAAGCCUCAUGCAUGUAAAGAAUGUGGUAAAACCUUUAUUUAUCCCUCUUUCCUUAAAAGACAUGAAAUAACUCAUACUGGUGUAAAACCCUAUAAAUGUAAGCAUUGUGGUAAAGCUGUAUCUUCUUCAGCUUACCUGCGAUAUCAUGAAAGAACACACACUGGAUAAAAGUCCCACGUAUGUUAGCAGUGUGGUAAGGCUUUUAGUCUUUCUGCAUCUCUUAGAGAUCAUGAAAAAAAUACAUACUGGAGAGAAACUAUGACAGAAAGCAAUGUGAGGAAGCCUUUUUUCCUGCCAAAUGCCUUAGAGAACAUAAAAUAACUCAUCAUGGAAAUAUGCCUCAUGAAUGUAAGGAAUGUGGUAAAACUUUCCUUUAUCCCUCUUUGCUUAGAAAUCAUGAAAAAAUUCAUACUUGGGAAAAACCCUGUGAAUGUAACCAUUGUGGUAAAACUUUCUCUUAUCCAAGUUCCCUCUGACAUCAUGAAAGAACUCAUAGUGAGGGAAAACCCUAUGAAUGAAAGGAAUCCAGUAAAACUUUCUAUUAUCCACUUUCCCUCUGAUAUCAUGAAAGAACUCAUAAUAAGGAAAAACCCUAUGACUGUAAACCAUGGGCCAAACCUUUUAUUCAUCCCAGUUCCCUUCAAAAUCACAAAAGCACUAAUAGUGGAGAGAAAUCAUAAUGAAUGAAAGAACUCACACUGAAAAUAAGCCCUAUCGUGUAAAGAUUGUAGAAAAGCCUUUGACCAUCCUAGUUCUUUCUUUUUAAUCCUCACCUGAGAAUCGUUUUCCAUUGAGAGUGGAAGUCAAAGAGAAAGACAGAGAACCAUAUUGAUAUGAGAGAAACAAAUCAAUUGGUUGCCCUCCUGCCCAUGCCCAGACAUGUAACAACACACAGUGGAGAAAAGCUGUAUGAAUGGAAGGAAUGUGGUAAAGCUUUCAGUUUCUCCAAGUCUCUUAGCAUGGAAGGAAGAACACACACUGAGGAAAAACGUUAUGAAUGUAAGCAAUGUGGGAAAACCUUCCGUUGUGUCACAUCUUGGAAGACAUAAAAGAAGACAGGAUGGAAAUAAGCCUCAGGAACAGGCUUGGCCCGGAGUGUGGGGUUGCAGGAAGAGACUCCAGAGAGGCUCUGACAUAUUAGCUUCAGCCUUAUUUUCCUAGUUCCCUGCCAGGGUUGGCUGCUGGGCACAGCCCUCGUGCAUGCUGCAUCUGCUCCAGGAACCGUGUGCUGCGCAUGGCCUCACAGUCUAGGCUCCAUGCGUGGCCCGGACUCGCCCAGCUGCUGGGCUUCACUCUGUCCCGCUGGCGAAUGCAUGGCGAAUCUCCCCUCCUUGUGGGUCUCCUGCCUUGGCUCUGAAGGGCUGUGGGACCUGGAGCAGCUGCAAUAGGCAGACCAUCCGCCAGACCUGUGGCUAUCAUCACCUGGAAACUGACUUUGGAGAACAAUGGGAUGUUUUGAUUUUAGGCAGGCAUGGUAGGAAUGCAAGGAUUGUUGAGUCUCCUUUCUUAGAUGGAUCCAAAGCAGAUUACUAGAAUACAGUGCCCUAUUUUACAGUGUACGGAGUGAUAGCAUAAUUGCAAGAAAUCUUUUCUUAAGUAUAUUGUAACAUUUUUAGGGAAAGCAUGGUUGUACCUAGAAUUAACUGAGUAACUCUGCUGGCACAAAAUAAAACGAGUGACCUUUUAAAAAUACACAGCUGAGUGACAUUAAAGCACUAAUUUGGAUUAAUAAAUUAAUAGAAAUAUUACUAUGAUCUUAUCACUGAAUGAAGUCCAUCAGCCAAGACAUGAAACACAGUUCCAGCCCUACAAGAGCUUAGAUGGUAAAUAGUUACCAUCGUUUAAUUAAUCAAGUAAAUAAUAACCAAACAAUUCCUUAUUAAGACUAAAAAGUUCUCUUUUUUCACCUGGAAGUAGAUUUGAGACUCAUUUAAAGACAAUUUGGCCCUGGCAAGGUUGCUCAGUGGAUAGUGCAUUGGGCUCAGUAAUGAAGCAUCCCUGGUUCAAUUCCAGUCAAGGGCACAUGCCCAGAUUGCUAGGUAAAUGCCUGGUAGGGGGUGAACAGGACACAGCCAUAUUGAUAAUCUCUCAUCAUUGAUGUUUCCUUCUCUCCCUCUGCCUUACUCUCUGAAAUCAAUAAAAAUAAUAGUUUUAAAAAUAUAUAUAUUUUGUAGAGAAUGAAAUAAACUUUAAGGAUAAUUUGAUUGAUUCUAAAUUUUUAAGGGACUCAUGAAUUGACAAUGUAUGGAAAUAAAAUGAAUAAAUAAAAUGCGAGACUUAGACAAA